ACGUGGAUCCGACGAUCCUCCUCAGCACCGAUGACCGAGGUCGCCGGCGGAGGAGAGCCACCGGAGACAUCGCUGGAAAAUUGUGCUCUCUUGAAGGCGUCUAGGAUUCCAGCCGAGCCGCCAGGUAACGUUCUCCUGCCUCCCUGUCUAUACUUUCCAGUACACCUAUACAUUACGAUUAGUACCUUAUUAGGUCUUACACUACCGUGAGGGCAUAUUAAUUACUGUACUGUACCAUGGUUGACGCCAUUUGUGGACAUCAACGCUUGUAGUACCACUCGAGGCCGACAUCAAAGUUGAAUGCACAGAUGCUGGCUGCGCACCCACCGAGCGAUCACCAGUGCCUCUCCUGUGCAGUCCAAACUCCAAGCCAGGCGAAUCAAUGGAGAACCGCGGUGGUGCGCCGUCGCCGCACCUGCUGUUCGUGACCAGUCCAAUGCAGGGCCACAUCAACCCGGUGCGCCGCCUUGCCGCCCGCGUCGCGGCAGCUGGCGCCGCGGUCACCGUCUCCACCGCCGUCUCCGGCCACCGCCGCAUGUUCCCCUCCCUCGCGUCGCCCGGCGAGGAGGCCGUCGACGCCGCGGGCCUGCUGCACGCCCCCUUCUCCGACGGCUACGACGACGGGUUCGAUCCACGGGUGCACGACAUCCGCUCCUACGCCGCGCGCGCCCGCGCCGUCGGGUGCGAGACGCUCGCCGGCGUCGUAGCCCGCCUCGCCGAGCGCGGCCGCCCCGUCACGUGCGUCGUGUACACCUUCUUCGUGAGCUGGGUCCCCGAGGUCGCGCGCGCCAGCGGCAUCCCCUCGGCCCUCUUCUGGAUCCAGCCGGCCGCCGUGUUCGCCGUGUACUACCACUACUUCCACGGUCAGGACGCCGUCCUCGCCUCCUGCGCCAACGACCCUGAUCGCGACGCCGUCGUCCAACUGCCGGGGCUGCCGCCGCUCAAGUCCCGCGCGCUCCCGUCCGUCGUGUCGUUAACCUCGCCGGAGGAGCGGGGCUACGAGGUGGUCGGCACGCUGCGCAACCUCUUUCUGGCGCUCGAUGAGCACAGGCCCAAGGUGCUGGUCAACACGUUCGAUGCGCUGGAGCCCGAUGCCCUCGGCGCGGUGCCCGGGUUUGAGCUCGUCGCCGUUGGGCCUGUGGUGCCGGACGACGCGUCUGCUCCGUCCACCACGGACCUGUCCCUGUGCGACCACGACGUGAGCGGGUACAUGGAGUGGCUGGACACCAAGGCCGCGCGCUCUGUGGUGUACGUAUCGUUCGGGACCAUAUUUGCGGUGAGCAAGCGGCAGGAGCUGGAGACGUUGCAAGCACUGAAGGCCGCCGGCCGGCCGUACCUAUGGGUGUCGCGCAAGGUCGCGGAGGUCGACGGUGCAGAGUUGGACGGCGCGGGAGCGGGUGGCGGCGCCGACGGAGGGCAAGGGAUCAUGGUGGGGUGGUGCGACCAGGUGCGCGUGCUGUCGCACCCGGCGGUGGGAUGCUUCGUGACGCACUGCGGGUGGAACUCGGCGUUGGAGAGCAUCGCGUGCGGCGUGCCUGUGGUGGCGGUGCCGCAGUGGACGGACCAGCCGACGGUGGCGUGGCUGGUGGAGGAGUGCGCGGGCGUCGGGGUGCGCGCGCGGGCGGACGGCGAGGGGGUGGCGGAGCGAGGCGAGCUCCAAAGGUGCGUGGAGACGGUCAUGGGCGACGGCGAAGCAGCAUUGGAGAUCCGAGCAUGCGCGGCCAAAUGGAUGGAGCGGGCCAGGGAGGCGGUCGCUGCCGGCGGGACGCUGGAGUGGAAUCUCCGAGCGUUCCUGUCUGGUUUCUGAAGAACGAACAAACAUAUGCGUGAAGCGUGAUUCUUUGUUGGGAAAUUCGCGCCGCACAUGGACAUCCGAUGCUGAGGCUUGUGUGCCUUCUUUCUAAAUGAUAGAAUGUAAAAACUUUUAUCUCUUAAACCGUUAAUUCAAUCGAUGAUCCGUUUUCGCCU